AUGUCGACUGGAAAUGCCCCUCAGUUCUACCCCAAUACGCUGAGUCCUGUUGUGAUCAGCAAAGGCUCCUUGGAAGAUACACUGAAGCAGCUCCAAGAGGCUAUUAAACAUGGGGCUAUUCUUCUACAGGAAAACUGUCCCCCGCUCAAAUAUUGGGGAAAAUCCCAUAAUACUGGUUUCUAUGCUGGUUUUCCAGGCAUCGUUCUGGCCUUCUUGCGCCUAGACCACCAAGUCAAAUCACUUGGGGUUGGCUCUCAGGACUUUCAUCAGCUUGCCAUUGAGCGGAUAUUGCCAGAAGGCCCGGAUGUGCCAAUCCUGCAUGAGAGAGUGUCUCCGUUCGGCUCUUCCAGCGCAUUGGCUGGUCCGAUACUACGCAUCCUUGCCUCAAGGGACUUGAAGACAAUAGUUCCUGGUGACGAUACGGCAUGCAUCCAAGAGGCGAUGCGGAUCGCUCUGACUAAUGGCCACAUGGUAUCACAUGGUGGUUCGCUCAUGGGAUCAGACGAAGUUCUAUUUGGCCGAGCCGGCUUGCUGUGGGCGUUGCUCAACCUUCGACUGCGUACUUAUGAGGAUGAGACAGCGCAGGCCUUAACACUGGUUUUCAAAGAGAUACCUCGGCUAGUCGACCGUAUCAUUGCGAGUGGAAUCGACGGUAGAGAAGACUUCAUCUCCAAGCAUGGAGAGCAAUAUGCAUUGCCAUUGAUGUGGCAUUGGAAGGAAGACCGGUACAGUCUUGGGGCAAUACAUGGCAUAGCUGGCAUACUUUCUAGUCUCCUUGCCUGCAAGCCAGAGGAACUCAGCAACGGUGCAGAACGCAACUAUUGGCCACUAAUAGCUGGAACAAUUACAGGUCUUUGCAAACUAUGUAUUGCCAAUGGUGGCCACCUGCCUACCAGUCUUCCUUUUCAUGGCUCCUCGCGUCGCUCUAGCCCUCUUAUUCAAAUAUGUCACGGCAGCCCCGGCUUCUUGAAUCUCAUGGCUUGCGCCAGGAGAAAUCGUUCCUUGGUUUCCACUUCCUGGCAGCCGGAGUGGGAUAAGGCCAUUUCUGUGGCGUGUGAUCGGGUCUGGGAGGAAGGAAUCCUGUACAAGGGUGGCGGCUUAUGCCAUGGGAUUGCAGGAAAUGCAUGGUCGUUGCUUCUCCUUCAUGACAGCUUUCAGUAUGAUGAGGAUUUCAUGGAGACAACCAGGCGUAACUACGUCGCGCGAACGGGAGAUGUUGAUGCAGCAUCCAAUGCAAGCGAGCUAACAGGCGACCACUUUCUUGCAAGAGCACUCGCAUUACUAUUAGAGGCGCAAAAAACGCCCCCUUACAAUGAUUCGAAACGAGACUCGUCCUUGUACCGCAUGCCCGAUCGCCCGUAUUCCCUCGCAGAAGGCCUCGCUGGCACUGUUUGUGCGUGGGCAAACGCUUGUGUAAUCCUCCAGUCAAGGCUACGGAGCAUGCACAUACAGAAUGACUCUUCCUCCCACAAUAUGGACGCUGUGUUUCAGGAGUACGAAUCGCAGAAGCUGGAAAUCCCAAUGCUUGCUUACCACAAGCCUACUGGGCUACUAUAA